AUGGGUGACCCAAAAGGGACUUACACAGUGAAGAACGCCUAUAGGUGUAUUGUUGGGGAUUAUGAGAAUAACCCAGCUGCUUUUGAUAAAUGGGCUUUGAUGUGGAAAUUAAAGGUUCCACCCAAGUGGAAGACGUUUUUGUGGAGAGUCAUAUGUGAUAUUCUACACACUACCACUAAUUUGAUUAUAAAGAGGGUAGAGGUGGACCCAACAUGCCCAAUGUGUGCUUUAGAUCAUGAAGAUGUGUUACAUGCUUUAGUGUUCUGUGAAUAUUCUACACUUGUUUGGAAUAUAACACAAUUGCCUAUCACAAAUAUUGCUACAGAUUCCUUUUCAACAUGGUUAAUGGGGGCUUUGGCGGUCUUAACGGGGGAGCAAACCCGACUGUUGGUGGUCGUGCUGUACCAUAUUUGGAGGAGCCGCAACUCAUCCGUGUGGAAGGGAUCUAUGAUGCGGCCAGCCGACAUCUGGAGAGCGGUUGUCGCGUCCUUACAAGCGUACGGCGCUGCGCAACACCGCCAGGCACCGCCGGCUCCGGCACCACCCACCGGAACGGAUACACAUGGCAGUCUCAGGUGCUAUGUGGACGCGGGUUUUCGACAGGACACUAGGGAGGCCACGUACGGCAUUGUGCUAAUUUCACCAGAGGGCUCUUUCAUAGUGACAAAAAAUGGCAAAUUGCCGUUUUGUUUCUCACCGCUUAUGGCGGAGGCACAGACAUAUAAGGAGGCGAUAUCUUGGCUACUAGGAAGGAACGUCACAUUAGUAUGUCUGCUCACGGAUUGCAUGGUACUACGUACUACUUUGCAGCAGCAACACUCACCGAUCCAUUCUUAUGUUGGGGUCACGAUUGACCAAUGCAGAACAGUUAUGUCUUUAUUUAGUCGUAUUUCGAUAAAUUAUGUCCCUAGACAGGUUAAUUUACAUGCUCACACUUUAGCUUCCCUAGCUUUUACUCAGGAUCAUGCUAUGUAUUAG